UUGGUGCGCAUGCGCGGAUGCUCUGCAGACUGUACCGCACACAAGAAGAUUCUCAACGAGCAGCGUUUGUGUCGGUGACUGACGGUGACCGGCGGUGAGACCGUGACCACCCAGCGAUCGAAGGCAGUGACACGGCGCUGCUGUGUGAGACACACCGGGGGACGGAGCCGAAGCUAAGCUAACAUUUUAAACUGAUUCACACCGAUAACCCGGUAACUCUCCAUCACUUACUCUGCUGCUAACGUUAGCUGAUGGACUCCAUGCUAACCGGCACCUUCACUAUGACCGGUUAACGGCCACGGUAAUGUCCCGGUAAACGGAACUACUCCUAUAAUUAGCAACUAGCUGAGGAGCUAACAGUUAGCUGCGGAACAUCUGGUGGCGCGUGGCCUGCGCACAGCGGCCAAUGAUGUUCACAGUGACGACAGCUGUUCUGAAGGAACGACCCGCCCCCGCUGGACCCGCACGGACCCGCGCUGCGUUCAUGUGAACCGCUUAACCGUGCGUGCGGCGCUCAGACCCGCACACACCGCAGCGGCGGCAGUGGACGCGGCAGACGCGGCAGCAGUCAUGCAGGCGGCGCAGCUGCAGUAUGAUUUCUUCAAUGAGGAAAAUGCACCCAAAUGGAGAGGACUGUUAGUGUCUUCACUGGAGAAGGUGCUGAAUCAGGUCCAUCCUAACCUGGUGUCCCAGCAGGAGGCGCUGCAGUACAUAGAGGAGCUGAUCCUACUCCUGCUCAGUCUGCUGUGUCAAGCUCAACCAAGGACUGUUCAAGAUGUGGAGGAGCGAGUCCAGAAAAGUUUUCCUCACCCGAUUGAUAAGUGGGCCAUCGCUGAUGCUCAGGCCGCCAUCGAGAAGAGGAAGAGGAGGAAUCCUCUGGCUCUGCCUGUGGAGAAGAUCCACCCACUGCUCAAGGAGGUGCUGGGAUAUAAGAUUGACCACCAGGUGUCAGUAUACAUCGUGGCAGUGUUGGAGUACAUCUCUGCUGACAUCCUGAAGCUCGCUGGGAAUUAUGUCAGAAAUAUUCGCCACUAUGAGAUCUCACAGCAGGACAUCACAGUCGCCAUGUGUGCAGACAAGGUAUUGAUGGACAUGUUCCACCAGGACGAGGAUGACAUCAGUGGUUUUCCUCUGAUGGACGAGGAGCCGUCAGCCAGUGAAGAACACAGUUACUAUGAUCUGGUCCGCAGCUUCAUGUGUGACGCUCGUCAAUAUGUGAGACAGUUAAACCUUCUGAUCAAAGUAUUCAGAGAACCCUUCACCUCCUGCACCAUGCUCUACUCUCAACACGACGUGGACAGUAUCUUCAGUAGAAUUGUGGACAUCCAUGAAGUGACGGUGAAGCUUCUUGGUUUGAUUGAAGACACAGUGGAGAUGACUGAUGAAGGAGCUCCUCAUCCUCUGGUGGGAAACUGCUUUGAAGACCUGGCUGAGGAGUUGGCCUUUGACCCCUAUGAGUCAUACACACAGGAUGUUCUCCGCUCUGGUUUCCAUGAACACUUCCUCAGUCAGGUGACCAAGCCUGGAGCUGCGUUUCACCUACAGUCCAUCUGUGAAGGAUUUAAAGAAGCUGUUCAGUACGUUCUUCCCAGACUGCUGCUCACACCUGUUUACCACUGUCUGCACCUGUUUGACAUCCUCAAGCAACUGGAGGAGAAGAGUGAGGACGAGGAGGAUAAAGAAUGUCUGAAACAGGCCAUCACUGCUCUGCUCAACCUACAGAGCAGCAUGGAGAGGAUCUGCUCCAGGAGCCUGGCCAAGAGGAGGCUCAGUGAGUCAGCGUGUCGCUUCUACAGCCACCAGAUGAAGGGGAAGCAGCUCGCCAUCAAGAAGAUGAAUGAGAUCCAGAAGAACAUCGAUGGCUGGGAGGGAAAGGACAUUGGUCAGUGCUGCAACGAGUUCAUUAUGGAGGGCACGCUGACACGUGUUGGGGCCAAACAUGAGCGCCACAUCUUCCUGUUUGAUGGCCUGAUGAUCUGCUGCAAGCCCAACCACGGCCCACCACGACUCCCUGGUGCCAGCUCUACAGCUGAAUACAGGCUGAAAGAGAAGUUCUUCAUGAGAAAAGUUCAGAUCAAUGACAAGGAUGACAAGGAGGGUGAGUACCGGCACGCCUUCGAGAUCAUCCAGAAGGAUGGCAACAGUGUGGUGUUUGCGGCAAAGUCUGCAGAGGAGAAGAACGGCUGGAUGGCGGCGCUGAUCUCACUACAGUAUCGCAGCACACUGGAGCGCAUGCUGGACUCGGCCAUGCUGCAAGAGGAGAAGGAGGAGAAGAUGAGACUGCCAUGCACUGAGUUUUACUGCUUUGCUGAACCGGACUCCGAUGAGAAUGUUGUGUUUGAGGAGAAUGUACAAUCCAAGUCUGGGAUCCCUAUCAUCAAAGCAGGGACAGUCCUGAAGCUGAUCGAGAGGUUGACCUUCCACAUGUACGCAGAUCCAAACUUCGUGCGGACCUUCCUCACCACCUACAGGUCAUUCUGUAAACCUCAGGAGCUGCUGGACUUGCUCAUGGAGAGGUUUGAAAUUCCGGAGCCACGACUGAACAAUGUGGACCAGAUGGAGGGAGGAGAGCAGCUGCUGAGUGCCGAACUCAAACGCUUCCGGAAAGAGUUUGUACAACCGGUUCAGCUCAGGGUGUUAAAUGUGUGUCGUCACUGGGUGGAGCAUCACUUCUACGACUUUGAGAGAGAUUCUGAUCUGCUGAAACGACUGGAAGAGUUCAUCUGCUCUGUGAAAGGUAAGGCAAUGAGGAAGUGGGUGGAGUCUAUCACAAAGAUCAUUCAGAGGAAGAAGCAGGUGCAGGUGAGUGCAUCCAGUCACAGCAUCACCUUCCAGAACUCUCCUCCUCCAAUCGAGUGGCACAUCUGUAAACCAGGAAACAUGGAGAACUUUGACCUCAUGACACUGCACCCAAUCGAGAUUGGACGACAACUGACGCUGCUUGAAUCCGAUUUCUACAGGGCGGUGCAGCCAUCAGAACUUGUUGGCAGCGUCUGGACUAAAGAAGACAAAGAGAUUCACUCUCCAAACCUGCUGAGGAUGAUCAGACACACCACCAACCUGACGCUGUGGUUUGAGAGGUGUAUCGUAGAGACGGAGAAUCUGGAGGAACGCGUGGCAGUUGUUUCUCGGAUCAUCGAGAUCCUGCAGGUUUUUCAGGACCUCAACAACUUUAAUGGUGUUCUUGAGGUGGUCAGUGCCAUGAACUCGUCACCUGUGUACAGACUGGACCACACCUUUGAGCAAAUUCCAAGUCGACAGAGAAAGAUCCUGGAAGAAGCUCAUGAGCUGAGUGAAGAUCACUACAAGAAAUACUUGGCUAAGCUGCGGUCCAUCAACCCCCCCUGUGUGCCCUUCUUUGGAAUUUACCUGACCAACAUCCUGAAGACGGAGGAGGGAAACCCUGACUUCCUGCGCCGGCAUGGCAAAGACCUGAUCAACUUCAGCAAGAGACGGAAAGUGGCAGAGAUCACUGGAGAGAUCCAACAGUACCAGAACCAACCGUACUGUCUGAGGGUGGAGAACGACAUAAGGAAGUUCUUUGAGAACCUGAACCCACUGGAUGACAUGUCAGAGAAAGAUUUCGCAGAUUAUCUGUUCAACAAAUCUCUUGAGAUAGAACCUCGAAAUGCCCGAUCAUUACCUCGAUUUGUGAAAAAAUACCCCUGUUCUUUGAAGUCUCCGGGGAUUCGCCCCACGUCGGCAAAACCCGGGACCAUGCGCCACCCAACACCACUGCAGAACGAGCCCCGUAAGAUCAGCUACAGCCGCAUUCCUGACACUGAGGCUGAUGGGAGCGUUGUCUCCGCCCCCAACUCUCCCCGCACCCCCCUGACACCGCCCCCCACCUCAGCCGCCUCCAGCUCUACUGACGUAGGCAGCGUCUUUGAUUCGCCACAGGGUCCCAGCAGCCCCUUCCACUCCAACUGUGACAGUAUCUUUGCAGUUUUCUCUCUUCCUCACGGUCCACGAUCAUCCUCAGUCUCCUCCAUGAUCAGUUUUACUCGGGGUUUAGAUGAUACCCCGGUUCCUCCUCCGGUUCCUCCACGAAGACGGCCAGAGUCAGCACCUGCUGAGUCCUCACCCUCUAAGAUGAUGUCAAAGGUGGACAGCCCCCCAGCUGUCCCCCCUCGUCAGCCCACCUGUAAGCUCCUCCCCCCUCGUUACUCGUCGUCCUCCCCCCCUGACAGCCCCCCUUCUCUGCCUCCUCGGGAGCCCCUCAGUUCUCCUCUGCACCUCCUCCCCCCCCCUCAAGGUCGGCCCCGCUGUGACCCAUCCUCAGGCUUUUUCCCUUCCACAACUUCCUCCUUAUCCUCUAUAAGCUCCGCCCCAGCAGCCUCCUCGCCCCCCCCUGUCACCCCAAGUCCUGCCCCCGUGUCCAGGAAGACGCCCCUGGCCUCGCUUGUCCCCUUUGAUGGUCCCCCUGUGCCCCCCCGCCACAGUGUCCCCAAACUUCCUCCCAAGACCUAUAAGAGGGAGUCUCUGAGCCACGCCCCUACUGGACACACCCCCUGCACUGUGAUCAUUUGGCAUCAUUCAAGUGGCUGUGUGGAGGGGCGUGGCUAAAUGAGCAAACACUAUAGCUGAUUGGAUCAGCCAAUCAGGAGGCUCUGAUCCAGACUGAUCAUGUGAUUGGAAAAACAUUUAUGGAACAUUUGUCUGUGAUUGGAUCAUCAUUUUUGUUUGUUUGUGAACUGGGACCUGGUCAGAACUGGGUCUGAUGAGACCGGGUCCGGGUUGGACCAGAUUGUGUUGCCACUGGAUUUUGGAUAAUCCUCGACAAACUGAUUUGGACUCUGAAUCUGAGGUGUUGGAUUAUCAACAGCCUUCAGGUACUAGACCAGAACCAGAACCACAGCGGUUCUGGUGGAUGUAAUGUCUUUGCCAGUUGAUGGUGUUAAAAAAAAGUCAUGAUGCCUUCUUUAAAACAAGGGAAUAAAUGUGUUUGUAUCCA